GCAAGUACCAAGUUCCUAUCGCGGACUCCGCUGACAGCGGACAUUCUCGUUCCUCCUCAGUCCCUCAAUUUUAAGACUAUCCAAUCUCCGUAUCUAUAUCAAGCUUUGGUUCGACCUCUUUAUUUUUAACCCUAUUCAACAUCCUUAGAUACCCGACCCUAUCCAUUGUUCGGUUGCAUCGACUCACUCCAGACAAGAACUUCCAGGGAAAAUCCCAAGAACGACACAAUGCCAUUCUCCCACCACAGCCACUCGGGCCAAUUCUGCCCCGGCCACGCCAAAGACACCCUCGAAGAGGUCAUCCAAACAGCCAUCGCCAAGAACUUCAAGGUCUUUUGCCUGACAGAGCAUAUGCCCAGGACUCAAGAGGAUUUAUAUCCUGAGGAGGUCGAAGCCGGCGACACCUACACAGGCAUGCUCGCCAACGAAGCAGCCUACUACGAAGAAGCCCUGCGCCUGCGCGAAAAAUACUCCUCGCAAAUCAAAAUCCUAAUCGGGUUUGAAAUCGAAUGGAUUCGUCCCGUCUCGUCAAGUUUAGUCCAGGACUCGCUAUCGCGCUACCCAUUCGAGUUCUUCAUCGGCUCCGUGCACCACAUGCACACGGAACCAAUUGACUACGAUCGUCCUAUGUACGAGCGUGCGCGUGAGAAGGCGGGUGGUACUGACGAGCGGUUGUUUGAGGAUUACUUCGAUGCGCAGUAUCAGAUGCUGACAACGAUGAAGCCGUUGGUGGUGGGGCAUUUCGAUCUGAUUCGGUUGAAGAGUGAUGAUCCUGAGCGUAGUUUUAGGCAGUGGGACGGUGUCUGGGAGAAGAUUAUGCGGAAUUUGGAAUUUGUAGCUGGGUAUGGGGGAAUGUUGGAAUUGAAUUCCGCGGCGUUGAGGAAGGGGAUGAGUGAGCCUUAUCCCAAGGGGGAGAUUUGCAGGAAAUUCCUCUCCCUCGGCGGCCGCUUCUGCCUCUCCGACGACAGUCACGGCAUUGAUCAGGUCGGAUUGAAUUUCCACCGCGUCCUCGAUUUUGUCGAAACCGUUGGCAUUUCAACCUUGCAUUACCUGCAGCUGUCAGAGACCGAUGCGGACACUGCGUCUAGCGUAGAUGGCCGAUUUCCCCGGACGCACAUUGCAUCGAUUGGAGUUGCUGACGCCAAGUCGUUGUGGACUAGCUGAGUUACCUGUACAUAGAUGCACCCAGAUGAUGUACGAUGCACAGGUUUCCCGUUCUAGAUAUACACAGUUCCAUCGGAAGAUAGGAACGUUUUUUAGUGGUUCUUACCUCCCCUGUCCCUGUCUGUGCUUAAUCUCUUCCGUACGUUAUUGAACACUGU